AAGAUUGAGAUUUUUUUUAUUUGCAGCCAAAACGUAACUAUUAUAAGCCUGGAUCAUCGAAAAGUGCUGGCAGUGAAAAAGUUUUAUCAAAUGAAUUGUCAAGAAAAAUUGAUUCUAGCGACUGGUAAGGUUGAAGGAAUACAGACAAUUGUACAAAUUGCUGAAACAUCCCCACAAGCCCUGAACAAUGAUUUGCAUGCAAUUGUUAUGGCACUGUUGAAUGAAUGCAAAAAUUUACGUUCCAGCGUUUCUCGGGUUGCAAUUGUAGCCCUUGGACGUUUGUUCAGCUGCCUCAAUACGAAAAUGGAUAGUGAACUUGAUAAGGUUUGUCUUGUGCUACUGCAAAAAGCUGGAGAUGUCAGUAAUGCAUUCAUCCGCAAAGAUGCUACAAAUUCACUGGAUGAAAUGGUUAAAAAUGCUUCAGCUGGAAAAGUCUUAACUGCACUUUUGGCUUCUGGAAUUAAAAGCAAAAAUAACACAAUUCGUACCGAAUGUGCAACAGCAGUAACUCGUUUGCUGGAACGUACAGGUGCCAGAAAUGCUUUACACUCCAAAGAUGCUGGUAAACUUAUUGAAGUGCUAACUAUAUUUGCCAAAGAUUCUCAUCCGGCUGUUCGAUAUCAGGGAAAAUAUGGGUUACAGUUUUUGAAUCAGGUAACUUACUUAUUUAUUCACUCAGUUAUCUAUUUUAAAGUUUUUACUAAUGACAAUUCUUGUGGCGCUUCUGAUGUACCGGCAACUUCACUUAAUCGUUCCGGUAGUGUAAGAAAAGGAAGUGGGUUAAAGUUUAAUAAAUUGUCUGAAACUGUUCAACGAGACCUUGAUCUACUUCGCACUGAUCUAACUUCAAAUAAGUGGGAACAACGAUUAGAUGGGUUAAAACGAUUUGAGAAAAUGGCAAUUGGAAAUGCUCGAGCUGUUUCUACAGAUACCAAACUGAUCGAAGCAUUUAUUGCCCGACUAAAUGACAUAAACAGUAAAGUAGCACUGGAAGCCAUGGAUACAUAUAUAGCUAUACUUUAUGCUGUUGCCAAGUAUUUUUCGACUGAAACAAACUUGAAAGCUGUUUUAAAUCAGUUAAUAGCUGCACUAAUGUCGCACUUAGCAAGUCGCAGCGAUGAACACCGACGACUGGCUAAAGAUUGUAUUGAAGAAACUAUCAAACAGAUAGACAGUACUGCAUUGGCAUCAGCAUUAGCUGCAGCAACUAAGCAAUCAAACGUCAAACAACGACCUUAUAUGCUUCGGUGCUUCAACGUUACGCUGUAUCAGACAAAGCCAAAAUUAGUGGAAGUUUUAUCACUACCAAUUUUAUUGGAAAAUCUACGGUUCCCGUCACAGAUGAACAGUGAUAGUGAUGUAAAAAAAGCUGUAAAAGAGUACGCUCAAGGAUUGUCAAAAUGUCUUGGAAAGAAUGCCUUAUUAGAGCAAGCAAAUGCUUAUUUAAAUCCAGCUCAAAAGAAAACUUUAGAACUAAUGUUGUGA